AAAAAACUGAUCCAGUUUCCAAACAAAUGUGUUGGUAUUUCUGCAUUAUUAUUUGCUUUAAUUGUUUUUUAUUCUGUUAUUCAUUUAUUCUGAUAUGUUUGGUUUUUAGUGUUUAAGGUGGAGCUGGUGUGGGUGAGUGGAGAUAAUGAUGAUGCUGGGUGGAGCAUGAAAACAGGGUGGGUGACAAACACAUGGUUGUUACUGUCGUUCUGUGUUCUGCAGCAGAGCUGGUGGCUGAACGGUCUGAAUACUGAAGAUCUGCCUCCUUUGGUAAAUAUCCAGGGAUAGAUGACUGUCAGCCAGUAAACCGACAACCAGAACUUCACAAGGAGGACGAGAGAUCAACAUCUUGAGUAAUAAGUGCACGACAUUGAGGCGGUGGUGGUGCUUUCGUUCUGACAUUGACCUUCAACAGUUUGUCAAAAUGUCAAACAUCGACUUCCAGAGACUUGAGUUCUUCCGCAGCAUCCUUAGCGGCUGCAGCCUCGGCCUGUUUUGUAAUAACUCCCACCUAAAUUUCCACAACACAAGUGAUAACCACGAGCUGGUGAUUCUUGAGGAUGGACCCCCCUGGUUACGAAUCGUCAUCUCCGUCGUUUACUUCAUCGUAGCUACUGCCGGAGUGUUGGGAAACUUGCUGGUGAUGUUCCUGCUCUAUUCCACACACACCAUCCACACUGGCACCAUCAAUUUCUUUGUGUUCAACCUAGCUCUGGCCCACCUGCUCUUCUCCCUGGCCUUGCCGUUUUGGGCCGUGGACAUUGCGCUGGACUACAGCUGGCCUUUUAGCUUGGCCACGUGCAAGGCCGUGUCCUUACUCACCGGACUGAACGUCUUCGCUAGCUGCUUCUUCCUGACAGCUAUGAGUUUGACCCGUUACUGCUUCGUGGCGACUGCUCUCAGACCCAGUACCUCCCUGUGCAAUAGAUCCUGCACCUCUCCAGUGGCCACAGCCUUUAUCUGGGCCGGAGCGCUGAUAGCCGCACUGCCCCGAGCUGUGUUUGCUGACCUGAAACUCGUGGGCAGUGGCAACGACACAGCAUGCCUGCUCCGUUUCCCAGCUGGCACUUCCUGGCUCGGAAUAAACCAGCUCCUGCGCAUGGUGCUGGGUUUUCUUCUGCCCUACGCCAUCAUAAUCCUCUCAUACCUGCUUCUGCUGCGAUUCCUCUGUCGCCACAAACUGAAAGGCAGCAGCUCUCGGCGAAAGGCUGAUAUUUCAAAGUCCGUGGCGGUGGUGGUGCUUUCGUUCUGCCUUUGCUGGUUCCCAUACAAUUUCCUCACGCUUUGGGGUGUCCUGAUCCAACUCGACAUCCUUGAUAUCAGCAUCGCGUUCUUCGCGGCUCAAACAUACUUUUUCCCUCUGGCUAACUGCUUGGCUUUCACCAGCAGCUGCUUCAACCCUGUCAUCUACUGCCUGGUUAGAAAAGAAUACCGCUUGGCGCUCCACAACGUGCUCCUCAAGUUGAGUCUGGCCGUUGUGUCCAAGGUGCCGUAUUGCAUUUACUCUAAGGAGGGAUCGGCACAAGCUGGGCACCUGGCUGUUCCUCUCAAAACAUACAGCCAGACAACUCAAUCUGACACAGAGAGAUAUGCACCAGUGUCAAUGCUCCCAACUGCAGUGUCCACUAUGUAAAGCCACAACAUGGCGAUCAAAUUCUUUACUCCUAGACUUCUAAAGAGGAUGCAGCUAAGCUUCUGUGGCGUCCUGUGAUUUACAGUUCUAGCUCUCUGUAUCUCUGUAUCAGUUGCAUGAAGAUUUGACACUGAUUCAUGGCUUAAUGAAAAUUAAGUAAUGGGAAAAGUGCGUUCACUCACUACAAUUCACUGCAAAUUUAACAUCUGCAUGAAACCUCACUAUUGCUUUUUCUUCUUUUCCUUCUUAUGAUAAUGAAUAAGUGUAAGAUGGUUUAUUAUUGUAUAAAACUACAGUGCACAUAUUUACUGCUGCAGUUUGGACCAACAGCCAUAACUGCACUGUACUUCUGGGUUGUUAUUGUCUUAGUUUUAGAUCGU